CAUAGCUUUACACACAACCAUAAGACAGAAGUGAGAGAGCUCUGCGGCAAACCAUAGAAGCAACCAUGAAGAACACCAAGCUCGUGGCGAUCCUUGUCCUCCAGGCCAUCAUGGUCAUGGGAAUCCUCGCACACGUGAAUGCCGAUUACUUCCCGAAGUGCUGCAACAACUGCAGGUCCUUCUCGGGGGUCGACGUCUGCGACGACGCACACCCCCAGUGCCCCAAGGGCUGCUCGGCCUGCCGCGUGGUGACGCCGAGCCCUCACAAGACGUUCCGGUGCGCCGACAUGAAGAGCACCGUCGACGGCACCUGCGGCGGGCCAUGCAAGAAGCUGUUGAGUAAAUAG